AUGCUGGAAUCAUGGACUGCCAAACUCGUCUUCGGCCUAGUGGCGGCCGCGGUGUUGUACCUCUGGAGGAUCAAUUGGGCCAUGUCGAAUACCCCGCCUGAGGCUCAGCGGGUGUCGCCGGAUCGAUGGACGCCAGACCGAGUUAAGCGCGUCUUUGAACGCAUGGAGAAGCAGCCCAUCGACUGGACACCACACUUACCCCCAAAGCUGGAUAGACGCUAUGUUAUUGUUGGCGGAGCUGGCUUGGUUGGAGGACAACUUGCGAUUCAGCUGAUUGCGCGCGGUCAUCCCCCCGAGGCGAUCCGUAUCAUCGACUUCCGCAAGCCCUUACGCGAUGAUAUGAGCGAAGGCCCCGUGUCGCAGGUCGAUUUCGCCCAGGCUGACAUAUCCUCAGAGUUAGCAACCUCUGCUGCGUUUGCAAAGCCAUGGCCUGAGUCUGUCGCUCAGCUCCCUCUGACAGUGUUUCACACUGCCGCCGUCAUCCGCCCGUCUGAGCGUAGCCCAAUGGUGUACGACCGCUGCUCCCGCGUCAACACGGCGGGUGCCGCUCACGUUCUUGCUGCCGCAAAGGCCUCCGGCGCCGGCGUCUUCAUCUUCACGUCGUCGUGCAGUGUUGCUCUGAAGCCCGUCAACUUCUUCAACUCGCCCUUCAAACAGUGGCCGGCGAACUUCGUGCAGGUGCUGAAUGAGUUGGACUUUUGGAAACCUCUGCGUCCUCAUGGCGAGUUCUUCGCCAACUACGCCAGGAGCAAGGCAGAGGCAGAGCGCCUCAUCUGCGGUGCCAAUGACAUACCGGAAGACCCGCUGCAGGAUGGAGGCUUCCGUACCGGCGCAAUCCGACCUGGAAACGUCAUUUACGGCCACAAGGAUGAUUACCUCAUCGGUACAACUUUGAGAAUGGCCAGCUUCCCGACCUUCACGGCGCCCUUCGUGCAGAACUGGGUGCAUGGAGCCAACGUUGCGCUGGCUCAUCUGCAAUACGAAGCCGCUCUCCUCGGACCUCACGCGCACAAGGUGGCAGCGCGUCCAUUCUUGGUGACUGACGGAGGGGCGCCUCCCACGUUCGAAGACUUUUACACACUGAUCCGAUCAGUGAGCGUGACGCCAUUCCACGUCCAGUACCCCCCGCCUGUGCUUUUGCUGCUUCUCGCCCACUGUAUCGAGGCGUAUUGUUUAUUGCUUUGGCACGUACCAGUGCUGCAGAAGAUCUUCUCGGAACCGAGUAUGCCGCUAUACAUGAUGCAGCCGGCGAGUAUAGCUGGCUCCGUCACUGCGCUGAUCAACGACGCGGAUGCGCGGAGGCGAGUGGAAGACGGCGGCCUGGGAUAUCAAGCCAAAUGCACCAGCAUGGAAGGGCAGUGUAUGCAGCUGGUGGCUUGGAACCGAUGGGUGCGCAGCGGAGGCGAAGAAGUCAGGAAUGAGAAGGGCCUCGUGAAAGACACCCUCGAAGUCGGUUUAGAACCGGUUGCGAGGAGAGCAUGA